AUGACACAGCAACCUCAUACACAUGGCGCACCGGGGCCGGAAAUACUCGAAAUGGGAGCAAGCAUCACGCAGGAUUUUGCGCCGGUCAAAAAGAUUUGUGCGCAUCUUAAUGCGUUUCAUGUUUAUGCUGGGGAGGGGGAGGAGGGUAGGAGUGUCGAGGCGAAUCAUUAUUGUACGCAUUUGAGUGGGGAUGUUCGUCAAUGUCUCAUCUACGAUUCCCCCACGAAUCCGGCACGCUUGAUUGGAGUCGAAUAUAUGAUCACCCGGAGAUUGUAUGAGAAAUUGGAUGAGGAGGAGAGGAAACUUUGGCAUUCGCAUGAUUAUGAGGUCAAAUCCGGAAUGCUCAUUCUCCCCAACCCCACAGUCCCAGAUGCAGUCUGGACCGUCGCAGAGACGGAAGAAAUGAAAGAGGUGAUUGGGUUGUAUGGGAAAACAUUUCAUUUCUGGCAGACGGAUAGGGGGGAUGAGUUACCGCUCGGGAUGCCGGUUUUGAUGGGGAGUUUUACGGCGGAUGAUCAGGUACCGUGGGAUAAAGUCAAAGAAAGAGAUGAAAGAUUUGGGGUUGAUACGCAGAAGAAAAGGGAGGCGAGGAAGGGGAUUGAGAGUGUGGAUAUUCAUGAGGAUGCUGAUCAGGUUUGGAAGAAGAAAUGA